AUGUGUCAAGGAACAAUUUAUCUGGCCAAAUCCCGGAAUAUUUCUAGUUGCUCUAGUCUUAUUCACCUGGGCAUCUUUAAUAACAGAUUGGUUGGAGGGCUCCCUACUGAGAUUGGUUUCUUGUCACAUCUGCAAUAUCUUUUAUUAUCCAAAAACAACUUGACAGGAACCAUCCCUUCAUCUAUAGGGAACCUGUCAUCUCUGGUUGAGAUCUAUGCUUCCAGAAACAAAGUUGGAAGGAUCCCUGUUAGCAUAGGGAAACUUACGAACCUCCCUGUUCUUGCAUUAGGCGAUAAUAAGUUGACUGGAACAGUCCCAUCAUCAAUCUUCAACAUCUCUUUCCUGAAAAUUCUAGAUUUCCAUACUAGUGAUACUAAUUAUCGUACAUUCUUUUGA